AUGGGGCCAUUUCCACCUACUUCUGACGCAACUGGCGACCCUUAUGAGGAAUUUGAACUCCAACAUGCGGAUCAGCUAGUUGCAGCUGCCGUUCCCCCUAAAUAUUGGAAUUCUAUCUACGAAAAGCUAAAAAAUGAGGUUUUCGAUGCCGGCUCAUAUUUCCAGAUAUUAUCAGAAGAGACUGAAGACGGGAAUCAUUACUCAGUUGUAGCUUUAAAAGAUGUCGACGCUGACGAUCCGAAUAGUAUUUUUCUUAUUGACCAUGCGUGGACUUUUCGUCCUCAAAUUGCUCGUCAGCAUUUAAGAGAAAUUCCAGGACUGCUGGAGCGCGUUUGUGCAGUUUUUGAUGUUGAUCUUGUAAGCAUUAUGAUACGUAAUUUCCAACACAGUCAUUCUGAUACUACACUUAAAGCAAAACUGAUGUUCGAUGAGGAAAGUAAUACAAAAGUAGGAGAUACCAUGGAGGAGGCAGCUAAGCGUUUAAAUGCAUCGAGUUCUUGUAGUCGCUUAAAUUCAGAUGCUUUCACGGAGACAUUAGGUGUCGUUUCUUCCCCCUUAUAUGGAAGCUUAUAUAAAUCUCGAGAAGAAUGUAUUUCUGAUGCUUUGGACCGUAUGUGGAAGUAUAUUCAAACUUAUACCAUCAGAUAUGUCAAAAAGGAACCUCAAGAAAGUGAUAUGCCUGUUUGGUAUAUGCCUGACGAGUUUGGUGUAAGAAUUGGACACUCUGACGAGCCUAAUUUUCGCAUGCUUCCUAUGUUUUAUCAUCCACAGCAGUCGGCGUAUAGCCUCUUAUUCCCUGUAAAGAAUAUAAAAGCAGGAGAAGUUGUAACUAGAGAUUAUGUGGACUCUCCAGUUAUGAGAAAUAAUCCGAGUUGGAGAUCAAUUCUACUGCAUCCUUGGGUUCCAAUUGACUUGAAGGACGAGAAACCACACCAUGUUUUCCAAAGCGAUGAGUUUUUUAUGGACGGCAGAAUUCCUGAUAUCUUGCCAGAAAGCGAGGCUAAGAUGUCACGUUCAGUACUGCCAGAUGGAGUAGUAAAAAUUUUUGCAGAUGAUGAUCAGUUCAUCGACCGCUUGAAAAAAAUAAAAAUUCAAAAGGUUUCUAGACUUGAGGAUGCAGAUGUUGUGUGGUGGAGGGCCCAUUUUCACGACUACAAGUUACUUGCUGAGUGCAAUCCGAAUGCAUUUGUGAAUCAGUUUCCUUCAGAAGCAGUGCUUACAGUGAAGGACCUCCUUGCAGCUACUAUCCAAUCGAGUUAUUCGAACGAACAAAUGAAUGAGGAGACUAUGCAGUGGCCUCCGCCUUGGGGUUUGGACAACACAUGGAUAGUCAAACCUUGGAACCUCGCCCGUGGUCUCGACAUGCACGUAACAAAUAAUUUGUCAUACAUUAUACGCUUAGUGGAAAGUGGACCUAAGAUUGCCUGCAAAUACAUACAUCGGCCACUACUGUUUUUGCGACCAGACAAUGGGAAUUUGGUGAAAUUUGAUUUGCGAUACAUAGUCCUUGUAACGGGCCUAAAGCCUUUAAAUCUCUUGCUUUACAACAAAUUUUGGAUUCGGUUCGCAAUAAAUGAAUUCAACUUACAUGAAUUGGAUGACCGAGAAACCCAUUUUACAGUUUUCAAUUACGAUUAUAAGAGCAAAAUUUUACAAAUGAAGUGUGAGGAUUUCAUUAUGCAAUUAGAGAAACAAUAUCCAGCUUUAAAAUGGACUGAAAUUCAAAAGCAAAUCAAUACAGCUAUUCGGGAGGCUCUUGAGUCUGUUACCAGUGGCAAAUCACCGCGGUCGUUAGUGCCGAAUCCUCAGUCGCGCGCAAUGUAUGGAAUAGAUAUCAUGUUGAAGUGGAACUCAGACAAUGAAGAAACUCGCAAGUUGGAGGUUUCUUUUAUUGAAGCUAAUUUUAUGCCGGACUGUGAUCGUGCGUGUAGCUACUACGAUACUUUCGCUGACUCAGUUUUUAGUGCUUUGUUUAUGGGUGUAGCUGAUCCUAAUGAGUAUACAAAAAUUUAA